AUGUCGAGCACUCCGCCUAGGUGGCCCGCCAAGUACAAGCGCUCUUCAGUAUCGAGCUCGAAAGGCUCUUCUGGUAGUUCGCCAGACAAGACUAUCGUUAGUGGACAAGCUAUGGACGGCUCUGAUGAUAGCCCCGUUAACCUCAAAGAGAACUCUCUCGGGAAUUCCGUCCUCAACUCACCGUCGCAGUCGGGUUCCGGCUCUCUAAGCGGGCAGGGCUCGAUGGCCACUCCGUCACGCCGUCCGUCGCUGCUGAGCCAGCCAUCGCAUGGCCGUGGGGUAAGCCUUCCGGAUAUGCCUAGCCAUCGCGGUAGCAUCUCUACCGGCGCCUCGCGUCGUGGUAGCGUCUUGUCAUCUGCAGUCUCUACCUCCUCCAUAUCCGAGGACGCCGGAACCGUCAUCUCCAUCAAGGAGGAGCGCGAGCGGCCGAACGCGAACCCCACCGCCCCGUCCUUUAUCCACGAUCCGAACCUCGCGCAGAAAGAUCUCAACAAAUGGAUGACCGUCGUUCUCCCCUACGUCUCCUCCCUGAUCUUCAUGUUCGAGUCCCUUACCGACGUCCACUUCUUCCGCGCGAUCAUGGCGUCGCCCAACCUACCGCAGCUCUUCCGCGCCGUCACGAAGAUCAGCUUCAAGGGCUUCUACUGGUUCUCCGGCAUUGCGCACAACCGCACUGCGAACCCGUAUCUCGAGAUCUGCGCCGGGCUACCGAAUCUUCAAGAACUGACUCUGACCUUUCACACGGCGGGCCUCACUACGUCGCGCUGGCACGAGCGCGAGCGCAUCAAGAUGGAGGCGACCGAUCUGGAGAAGAGCAAGGAACUCAAGGUGUUGCGCGUCACCGACGUGUCCGGCAGGUACGACCUGGCUGCACUGUGGCGUUGCCCGGGCCUCCAGGUGCUGCAUCUCGAGUGCUUGAAUAGUCCCAUCGUCGCCCACUUCGUUAAGGUUGGCGAUCCGCUGGGCCCGUUCCGCGAUCUGGUGCACUUCUUGAGCGAUGGCUUCAGGCAGUAUUGUGGGACGCAGGUGCAGAUUGACCUGAAGGUUAUUGAUAUUGAGGGAUGA